AUCGACUCUGGAUGGACUUAUCAGAGUAAUUAAUAAUUUUUACCUCAUCCAUCGUCUUUCUUGAAUUCUCAUAAAUGCCGACAUAUAGUGACAUAUAGUGGAUGUCUACUAUUAAUAACGUUUUAUUACGUACAUAAAUAGGUCAAGUUACAGCCUUGCGGAAAUAAGCUACCAAUCUGAGAAUCUUCUCAAUGCUCAUCGGUCUGGCUCAUAAGGGGCUUGCCCCUUUUUGCUUGCUCCGUAGUCCCAUCUAUUCUCAAAGGGAGCUUUGAGGAAUUGAGAAAUAAAGUCACAACGAGAUGUUUUGGUGGUAUAAUGACAGUUUCUGACUCGUAAGCUCUUAUAUGCCGAGGAGCAAAUAGACGGACAAAUAUUUCACGACUAUGGCUAAUUUGAAAGGCGAGGAUCUCUUAACUGCUUGGCGUGGGUAUUUCGAGCCAACGGUAUUGUUGAAUGAUUGCACGGGUCUGUUUCGACUAAGAUCUACACAGGGGUGGGCUCCGAUGAGCCCCUGACAGGUAACGACUUUCAAUAAUUUUUCGACUAUAUUAAAGCGGAAGAGACGAUGAUGGCCUGUCUUGGAGUUCUUGGCUGGUAUCCCUCUCAGCAAAAACGACAAGUCCAACUCCUCCAGGAUGAGAUCCUGUUAUCUUCUCGCUACUUCGUUAGCUGCGAGCGCGACUACAGCUGCAUUGGAAGUUGACUUGCCAAUUUCAGCACAAACCGGCGAGGUUGAGUCGGACUCAAUAGCCGUGUUCUACGAUGAUUCACAGCCCCUCAUCGUUGGCAAUGAUGGUGGUGCUAGCACUGGGGGUCUCCGCCUCUUCACUUUGGACGGCGAAACCCCGUUGACAGAAACGGCCCACGAGACUCCUGGUCGAACAAAGCUUGUAACAGCCGUUCACGUGGUUGGCGAGAAGAACCUUGUCGUGACCAUUGCUCAACCUGAUUCCUUCUUUCGACUCUACGACGCAAGAACCGCCGAGGAAGUUGGUGAACCUCUAGCACGUACUAUAGGGGACUGGUCAGCUCUCUGCUCUUGGAAGAGUCAAAACAGCGGAGAGCAGUAUCUCUACUUGUUUGGCAAGAAGCAAACUGUGCAGCAUCUUUUGAGGGAAAAUAAUGGAACUUAUGAAAUUGUCGAGAUCCAAACCUUCGAAAACCCAAUCGAGGCGACGUCGUGCGCCGUCUCUUUGUCUGCCGGGACUGUAUAUUUCGCGACGGAUGCCGGUCCUGAGAUUUACACAUUUCCAGCUGCGGAGACAACUUCGGCGCCGCAAAUCAGCGUUCUAGGAAAGGCUGAAGAUGAUGUUACGGCACUUGCCGCUUACAUUGGCCUUAACUCGGACUACAUCUUGGUUGCUGAGAACGAUGUCAUAGCGGUCUAUAAUAGUUCCUUCACGCAGUUGGGCUCUAUGAAGCUUACUACGGAUGAGGACAUCGAAAUUAAGGGCCUGAACGUCUACCAAGCGCCGACAAAGAAAUACCCAGCUGGCGCAGUAACCUAUGCCACGAAAAGUGAUUCUGGAAAGGGAUUUGCUGUUAGUUCCUUGGAAGCAGCAUUCAGUGACCUAGGUCUAGAUCUGAACACAUCUUACGACCCUCGCGAGAAUACAAGCAGUUCUAGCUCUGUUUGCUCCGAAUGCGGCUUCAACGGCUUUUGUCAAAAUGGCACCAGCGACGCGGGUGGACUUUCGUGCUCAUGCUUUGCAGGAUUCGACGGCGAGGACUGCGCGAAGAUCACUUGCCGUAAUGACUGUUCGACGCAUGGCGAAUGUGUUGGAGCGAAUAUAUGCCAAUGCGAAGAUGGGUGGGGUGGCUUGUACUGCGCGUUCAAGGUAGUGCAGCCCGUUGCUGAAACAGAUGCUCACGGCGGCGAUGGAGAUGAUCCUGCGAUAUGGAUAUCGCCUACUGACAAGGCCGAAUCGAGGAUUAUUACUACUACGAAAUCAGAAGAAGGCUCUGGACUUAGCGUUUUCGAUCUCAGUGGGAAGCUAUUGCAGAGCAUAGACGCCGGGGAGCCAGAUAACGUCGACGUAAUAUACAAUUUCCAAGCUGGAAAUAGGACUAUUGAUUUGGCAUAUGCUGCUUGUCGAACUGACAAUACCUUAUGCCUCUUUGAGAUCACUACCAACGGCACUCUACAGACCAUAGCUGGUGGCUCGCAGCCAACUAAAGACGGCUAUAAGGUCUAUGGUAGCUGCGUAUAUCAUUCGCGUAAAAGUGGCAAGCAGUAUCUAUUCGUCAACGCCAAGUCGGCUGAGUAUAUUCAGUAUGAACUCUCAUGGGCUGACGACGCAUUGCAAACUACUUUGGUGCGUAAUUUCACUGGCGGAACUGGCGGUCAAGUAGAGGGAUGUGUCUCAGACGACGCAAAUGGAUGGAUCAUCAUCGGCGAGGAACCCCGUGCUCUCUGGCGUUAUGGUGCUGAACCAGAUGAUGAUUCUAGCGAAGGAUUCCUUAUUGGAGAAGUUGGCGAUGGUAAUAUGUACGCAGACGUUGAGGGUGUGACCUUGGUUGAAGGUCCAUCGGCGGACAAGGGUUUCAUACUCGUCAGCCAGCAAGGUGUUAGCGCGUACAAUGUGUACCGUCGGGCUGCUCCUCAUGAUUUUGUCGAAACCUUCACGAUAUACGAGAACUCGGAGAAAGGCAUAGAUGGUGUAACCAACACCGAUGGACUUGCCGCUGUGGGCGCAGCCCUCGGAGACGCAUUCCCCAGCGGAUUGAUAGUUACGCAUGACGAUGCUAACCAACUACCAGAAGGAGGCACAAGUAAUGAAGCGAGCUACAAACUAGUUAAUCUCGGAGAUGUACUUGGGGAAGAGUUGAUGAAGGAGGUCGAUGCCAACUGGGAUCCUAGAGCUUAGCCGUUGAGAAGAGCUUCAUUGACUAUGAUCAUAGCGAGACAAAUCACAACGAAACAGGCAAAAGUGCAAUGUAAUAACA